AGGACCAGCCAGCCCACUCCCUGCUGGCACAGAGCCAUGGUCCCGCAUGGCCUCUGGCUCCUGGCCUUACUGGCAGGAGCCAUGCCAGCCGGCAGAGCGCAGGAGCCCAAGUGGAGCAUGCAGAUGCCCACAGUGAUGACGGGACUGAAGGGUAGUGACGUGGUGCUGCCCUGCAAUUUCACACACCCAAACAUAAACUACACGGGCAUCAUCCGUGUCCUCUGGGAGUCCCACUUCCAGUGCUGGGUGGCCAACAACAGCAACACAAAAGGCAACUGCAGCAAGGAGCCGGGGCCCAACAGCCGCUACAGCCUGGCUGGGGACCCGCGCCAGCAUGACCUCUCCCUGCGGGUGGCCAGGCUGAACUUUGAGGACAAAGGGCUCUACUCUUGCCGUGUGGAGCUGGUGAACAUAUCCGGGCAGUCCUGGACGCACCUCCCCUGCCUCAAACUCACUGUGGAAGCAUCGCCCAACAUCCUCAACCUCUCACUGCUGGAGGGGUCAGGGCCAGCACGGGCCUUCUGCAUGGCCGAGGGCAACCCCCUGCCCAACAUCACCUGGUGGGGCCCUGGCAACACCUCAGAGAGCCCAACCCUGCGGGAGACCCAGGUUAAUUUCCAGAGCGCGGCGGAGAUCACGCUGUGGCGCAAUGGGACCUACACCUGCCGGGCGAAGAACACGCGGGGCUGUGCCGAGCUCUCCCUGACUGUGGGGCCCUCGAAGAAUACCCGCUUCCUACUCCUGGCUGCCCUGCUUCCUGCUGCCCUGCUGCUCCUGGCACUUCUGGUCCUGGCUCUCGUCCUCUGCCAGAGGCGGAAAGGGCGAUGCCAGGGCUCACAGAGGGACUGUGUAACUCACGCCAGCCCGGCCAGCAACACGCCUCAAGCAGCAGACACCUGCAUCUACGCGGAGCUGAGCACUAGGACACCUCCCAAGUCCCAAGUCUGGCUCCCUCCAACCCCCGAGGAAGAGGUCACCUACGCAGAUCUGGCUCUUUAGGGACUGUAGCCAGCUGCGGGGAGGCGCCAGGCGGUGCUCCCUGCCGUCCCCAGCGAGAGCAGAGAUCUGCCUGGGCGCACAGCGGGGCUGGGAGUGCCAACCGGACCCCGCCAGCCCAUCGCUGCCUGCAGCUCCUCCUGGCUCAGCACCCAGCCUGGCCCAGGGCACUGGGACCCCAGCUGGACUGCAGGCGCCCUGCACACCCCACCCCUGCCCAACAGCACCGACAAGACAAGCCCCUCGUGUCCUGACCCAUGUCUUGGGGAGCUCCCAGGGCUGUGGGAGGUGGCAUGUGCUGCAUCGUCUCCAAGGGGCACCAGGUGAAGCCAAGCCCCGGCCCUUCCUCCCGGCGAGCACAGGGGCCAUCCCAGCACCGUCUCUGGUGCUGGUCACUCUAGGGCUUUCCUGCAACCUCCAGCAAGUACUCUCUGCCAGCUCUGGAUGGGCACUUGUCUGCAUUAAAUAGCUGGAAGUGCA